AUGACUGACUCCCAAGGUCUACCAGGUAUAGAACCAUUCUUGAUGAAUAACGUUCAGGGUCUAUCAGGUAGAGACUCACUCCUGAUGAAAGACUUUCAGGGACUACCAGGUAUAGAACCAUUCCUGAUGACUGACUUUCAGGGACUACCAGGUAUAGACCCAUUCCUGAUGAAUGACAUUCAGGGUCUAACAGGUAUAGAACCAUUCCUGAUGACAGACUCCCAGGGUCUACCAGGUAUAGACCCAACCCUGACGACUGACUCACAGUGUCUACCAGGUAUAGACCCAUCCAAAAUGACUGACACACAGAGUUUACCAGGUAUAGACCCAUUCCUGAUGACUGACUCUCAGGAUCUACCAGGUAUAGACCCAUUCCUGACGACUGACUCCCAGGAUCUACCAGGUAUAGACUCAUUCCUGACGACUGAAUCUCAGGGUUUACCAGGUAUAGAUCCAUCCAAAAUGACUGACACACAGAGUUUACCAGGUAUAGACUCAUUCCUGAAGACUGACUCUCAGGAUCUACCAGGUAAAGACCCACUCCUGAUGAAUGACUUUCAGGGACUACCAGGUACAGAACCAUUCCUGAUGACUGACUUUCAGGGUCUACCAGGUAAAGACCCACUCCUGAUGAAUGACUUUCAGGGACUACCAGGUACAGAACCAUUCCUGAUGACUGACUUUGAGGGACUACCAGGUUUAGACCCAUUCCUGAUGAAUGACAUUCAGGGUCUAACAGGUAUAGAACCAUUCCUGAUGACUGACUUUCAGAGUCUACCAGGUAAAGACCAAUCCCUGAUGACUGACUCCCAGGCUCUACAAGGUAUAGACCCAUUCCUGAUGAAGGGUCUACCAGGUAUAGAACCAUUCCUGAUGAAUGACAUUCAGGGUCUACCAGGUAUAGAACCAUUCCUGAUGACAGACUCCCAGGGACUACCAGGUAUAGACCCAUCCCUGAUGACUGACUCACAUAGUCUACCAGGCAUAGACCCAUCCCUAAUGACUCACUCUCAGGGUUUACCAGGUAUAGAUCCAAGUCUACAAGGGAUAGACUUUACCAGGUAUAGAUCCAUCCCAGAGGACAGACUCCCAGGGUCUACUAGUAUAGACCCAUUCCUGAUUACUGACUCCCAGGGUCUACCAGGUAUAGACCCAGCCCUGAUGACAGACUCCCAUGGUAUACUCGGUAUAGACCCAUCCCUGAUGACAGACUCCCAUGGUAUACUCGGUAUAGACCCAUCCCUGAUGACAGACUCCCAUGGUAUACUAGGUAUAGACCCAUCCCUGAUGACAGACUCCCAGGGUCUACCAGGUAUAGACCCAGCCCUGAUGACAGACUCCCAUGGUAUACUCGGUAUAGACCCAUCCCUGAUGACAGACUCCUAG